GUCCAAUCAGAGACGCCGGCGUAUAGGCGUGGGCGCGCCAGUGGCCGAGGGUGAGGACAACGGCGCUCUCCUGACUCUACUUCAGUCAAGUUCGCACUGGGUCUAAGCCGCGGAGGCGGGAGCCUGGGAGGACGCCAGGAAAUGGACGCAGUGGCUUUUGAGGAUGUAGCUGUGAACUUCACCCACGAGGAGUGGGCUCUGCUUGAUGCUUCUCAGAAGGAACUGUACCGAGAUGUGAUGCAGGAAACCUUCACUAACUUGGCUUCUAUUGGGGAAAAUUGGGAAGACCAGAGCACUAGGGAUCAGUGCAGAACUCAGGGAAGAAACAGAAGUCCUCGUGUAGAACAGAGACCCUGUGAAUGGAGAAGUCCAUGCACAGAACUCUUCACCCAGGUUCCAGUUCUUAAACAGAAGAAUGUUCUCCCCGGAGUAAAACCCUGUGAGUGCAGCAUAUGUGGGAAAGUUUUCUCCUGUCGUUCCUCUCUUAAAAGGCACAUGCAGUGUCAUACUGAGUACAUAGAGUGGUUGAGUUACAAAUACGGAAUAAAGUCAUACCAGUGUAAGGAGUGUGGGAAAACAUUCAGCUUUCGAAGCUCCUUCCGAAUACACGAGAGGACCCACACUGGAGAGAAGCCAUAUAAAUGUAAGCAGUGCGGGAAGGCCUUCAGCUGGCCCAGUUCCUUUCAGAUACACGAGAGGACCCACACUGGAGAGAAGCCCUACACGUGUAAGGAAUGCGGCAGAGCCUUCAUUUAUCACACCACCUAUCAAGGACACAUGAGGAUGCACACCGGAGAGAAGCCCUACAAGUGUAAGGAGUGUGGCAAGACAUUCAGCCACCCCAGCUCUUUUCGAAACCAUGAACGGACUCACUCCGGAGAGAAACCCUAUGAGUGUAAGCAGUGUGGAAAAGCCUUCAGAUAUUACCAAACCUUUCAGAUCCAUGAAAGGACUCACACCGGAGAGAAGCCUUAUCAGUGUAAGCUGUGUGGGAAAGCUCUCAGCUGCUCCACGUCUUUUCGAAGUCACGAGAGGAUUCACACUGGAGAAAAACCAUAUAAAUGUAGAAAAUGUGGCAAAGCCUUUAGUUUCCCCAGCUCCUUUCGCAAACAUGAGAGAAUUCACAGUGGAGAGAAGCCUUAUAAUUGUAAGGAAUGUGGGAAAGCCUUCAUCUCUCUCCCAAGCUUUCGAAGGCAUAUGAUAAUGCACACUGGAAAUGGGCCCUACAAGUGUCAAGAGUGUGGGAAAGCCUUCGAUUGUCCCAGCUCAUUUCAAAUUCAUGAGCGAACACACACGGGAGAGAAGCCCUAUGCGUGCAAGGUGUGCGGGAAGGCCUUCAGCUGCUCCAGCUCCUUUCGCAUGCAUGAGAGGACCCACACGGGAGAGAAACCCCAUGAAUGUAAGCAGUGUGGGAAGGCCUUCAGCUGCUCCAGUUCUGUCCGAAUUCAUGAGAGGACUCACACUGGAGAGAAGCCCUAUGAGUGUCAGCAGUGUGGGAAGGCCUUCAGCUGCUCCAGCUCCUUUCGAAUGCAUGAACGAAUUCACACUGGAGAGAAGCCCUAUGAGUGUCAGCAGUGCGGGAAGGCCUUCAGCUUCUCCAGCUCCUUUCGCAUGCAUCAGAGGACUCACACGGGAGAGAAGCCUUAUGAAUGUAAGUGGUGUGGGAAGGCCUUCAGCUGCUCCAGUUCUUUUAGAAUGCAUGAGAGGACCCACACGGGAGAGAAGCCCUACGAGUGUAAGCAGUGUGGGAAGGCCUUCAGCUGCUCCAGCUCCAUUCGGAUCCAUGAAAGAACACACACUGGAGAGAAGCCCUACGAGUGUAAGCAGUGCGGGAAGGCCUUCAGCUGCUCCAGCUCCUUUCGCAUGCAUGAGAGGACCCACACUGGAGAGAAGCCCUAUGUGUGUCAGCAGUGCCACAAGGCCUUCAGCUGCUCCCGUUCUUUUCGGAUCCAUGAAAGAACUCACACUGGAGAGAAGCCCUAUGAGUGUCAGCAGUGUGGGAAGACCUUCAGCUGUUCUCGCUCCUUUAGACUACAUGGAAGAACUCAUAAUGGACAAUGAUCCUUUAAAUGCAAAUCAUGUGGUAAAACUUUCCGUUGUCCCAUUGCCCUUUGAAGAUAUGAAGAUUGUUGCUUAGAGAAACACUGUGAACAAAAUAAAACUGGAAAACCUAUCAUUUCUCUAGUUGUGAAUCCCAGAAAAAACCCUGUGACUGUAUGUGAUGGGGAAACCUUCAGUGGCUAUGCAACUUAAUGAGGCCACAUAGAUACGUGCAUAGGGGAAAUAAGCCCUGUUCCUUAAGUCAUGUGUAAAAGCCUCAGCUGCUCAGUUAUCUGGGAAUCACAGACUUGUAUUACAGAGCAGCUUGAAUUCGAGCAUUGUGGGAAAGCAUCCAUAGUCUGCAUCGUUCAAACAUGAAGAGGUUCACUGCAUAGAACCCUUAAAAGUGAGAAAUCGUGAUCCUUAUCCCAUGUUCCUGAAUGCUCACAUGAUACUUGAGAAAUUGUGAAUUCAUGAAGACAAGCGUUGGAAAGGAAUUCUGUAAGUGUGGACAAUAUUAGGAAGUUCCAUGUAAGUUUGUAUAUAUAUAUUCUUGAAAAGUCAUAAAAUGAAAGAAAUGGAAUUUUCUUUUGUCAGAUGCUCAUUCUUAAAACUGUGAUUCUGGACCAUAUAUUUCUGUUACUAUUGCUUUUAUGAACAUUGAGGUUAGAUUAUUCUGAAAGUCAUCAUUAAUCAAUAGUACAUACAUUUAAUAAAUAGUAUGUUGGGUUUUUUUGUUUUUGUUUCUUUGGGUUUUUUUGUUUUGGCAGUUACUGUAUUUUUAAAGAUUUAUUUAUUUAUUUCAUGUAUGUGAGUACACUGUUGCUGUCUUCAGACACACUAGUUGAGGGCGUUGAUCCCAUUACAGAUGGUUGUGAGCCACCAUGUAGUUGCUGGGAGUUGAACUCAGGAUCUCUGGAAGAGCAGUCAGUGCUUUUAACUGCUGAGCCAUCUUUCUAGCCCAGUAGUGGGUUUGUUUGUUUGUUUGUUCUGAGACAGGGUUUCUCUGAGUAGUCCUGGAUGUCCUAGAACUCACUCUGUAGACCAGGCUGGCCUCAAACUCAGGGAUCUGCCUUCCUCUGCUGAGUGCUGGGAUUAAAGGCAUGCGCCACUGUGCCUGGCUUUAUAAGUAAUGCUUUUAUUAAACUUGUUACUAAUUUUCCUUUUCCUUUUUGAAGUCUGUUAGAAUCAUCAGUGAAGGGAAGUAUAUUGCCAAUAUAAAAAAAUUCAUUAAAAAUUUUUUUUUGCGAUGAGCUAUUAAAAAAUCAACAAUUUAGUUAAUGGUGAGAAUUUUCUUUGUGUCCUAAAUCUUCCAUAUAUAAAAAUAAUAUUUGUAUUAUUUUUAGUUGUACAUAUUUGUGUGUCUGUGCACAUGAAUGUAGGUGUCCAAAGAGUCCUGAAGGUUUUAGAUCCCUAGGAAGCAGAGUGACAGGAAGUUGUGAGCCACCCAGCAUGAGUACUGAGAAUCAAACUCAGGGCCUCUGCAACAGCAGUGCCUACUCUUAACCACUGAGCCGGCUCUCUGCCCUGCCAUAGAUUUCUAGUCAUUCUUUUUAUUAUUUAUGUAAUUUUUAGGGGGUGGGGACAUAGAUAUUCUGUCUAGUACUAGUGCCUCAAAUCUGUGAUCCUUCCGCUUCAGAAUCCCGAGUCUUGAGGUUAUGGGCGUGUACCAUCAGGCCUGGCUCAUUCAUUUCUCAUCCAGAGAAGCUUAUUUAGGGCAGGAAAGAAGACCCUUUCUCUGCCUUCUGUGUAAUUAUUUGCCAUAAACAUGUGAAUAUGCUGUGUUUAUUCUUGUAUAUUCUCAGUUAUGGCACUUUUUGUGUUUUUUAAAAUCUUUUUAUUGUUCGUUUCUGAAGUUGAGAAUGGAACCCAUGUCUUUGAACAUGCUAAAUAAGUACUUUUCCACCGAGCUGCUAGGGUCCAGCCCAGCAUCACCGGGUAAACUGAGGCUGCGACACUAACCCCAGUAGAAUCUGUUUAACAAGUUCCACAAACUGAGGUGAAAACUUCAAAAGAAGGAGCCCUUCUGGAAUUGGUUGUGGAAACUCUUUCCCGAGCCAUAGUUCUCAUGACAAUUUGUCUGUUUUAUUUUCUUUUAUUCCUUUUCUUAUUUACGAAAUGUUCUUGAUAGCCUAGGCUAAGAUCUUAAGUGAGAAAAAUGGGUAAGAAACCGUCCCUUGAGAUGGGGUCAAUAGCCAUGACCUUAGCUCUGGGAAAACCAGUGCUUUACUUCAUAAAUCAUUUACAAAAUUACAUAACAGUAUUAUGAUAGAUAAAAACUUUCCCAACAAUAAAACCUCAUGUGGCUUCACGUGUGUCAUCAGAAGUGGGCUUUGGUAUAUGGUAAAGAAAGCCUUAAAUAAAAAGAAUUAAAAUAGUUUAAAUUUAUGCUGUGAAGAUUUACAAAAAAAAACAGGCACUAGAUGUUAAACAAUAGCUGGCCAUAAAAAUGUAUUAAUUUGCUCUUAGAUAUAUGCCACUGGCCUUAGAUGACUGCCCCACUGAAUACACCCUUCCAGAGUUGUAACACUGGAUGAUUCUUAAAUACCAAUGAUGUUACCUGUUCUAUCCGUGAUUGCUUCACUGAAUACAUCUUUUUAGAGUUGUAAGAUUUAGAUGAUUUUUGUGCUUUACUGUGCCAAACGAUGUUAUCUGUCCUAUUUGUGAUUGCUUCACUGAAUAUAUCUUUUCAGAGUUGUAAUACUUGUUUUUUUAUGAAUAAAAAUCCUUGCUUGAGAACUGCAAAAUACACUCAGAUUCAAACUG